AGUCUCUAUUACUCAUCCUAUUAGCUACUAAUCUUUUGAUUAUUUUGUAUAAAACUCCUAUUUUGUUUAACUUAACCAUUUGUAUAUUGCCCAAGGUUGUCGGAAAAAAAAACCAUUCGUUUCUCGAUUAAAUUAUUUAAAUCGUGACUAAGUUUACCAUUUGAUCAUGAUCUCCUAUAUUUAACAUUAUGUUUCCAUCUCUAUAACGUUGUCUUGAUUCGUUGUCUUCAAUUUUGUUGUAAUAUUUGGAACUUUUCUGCCACGUUAAUGAAGCUUUGAUUGUUUCUUGCAUAAGAACCAAAAUUUUGUUACGAGAUGAAAAAAAAAAGUAGCAAAUUUUAUCGCCCUAUAACUUCUUCUGAUCCUACCCUUUAGCUGUCAACAUCUUUACCACAUCAUCAUCUCCAUAUCUAAAUAUAUAUAUCUUAUAAUAAAGUACAUAAUAUUUUGCAUUAUCCUGAUACAUGCAUCUCCUCUUUUUCCACAACCACUUGUGCAUGUACACCUAAAAAGAACUAAUCUUUUAAUAUUUUCUUAUUUAAUACCAACAACACUAUUGGUUCCUCUGCCCUGACUCAUGGAGGAAACCGUCAGAGAGAUGUUCUCACCACCCAUUCUUCCUCUUGAAAUGGUGGAAGAGAUUCUCUUAAGACUACCCGUGAAGUCAUUGACACGAUUCAAAUGCGUUUGCAGCUCAUGGAGAUCUUUGAUCUCAGAGUCUCUGUUUGCUCUGAAACACGCUUCGAUCUUGGAGGCAUCGAAGGCAACCACUUCCAAGACGAGUCCUUACGGAGUCAUCACAACGUCUAGGUACCAUCUCAAGUCGUGCUGCGUACAUUCUCUAUACAAUGAGUCAACGGUCGAUGUUUCGGAGCAUGAUGGUGAGCUUUUAGGCAGAGAUUACUAUCAAGUCGUGGGGACUUGUCAUGGAUUGGUUUGUUUCCAUGUAGAUUACGAUAAAAGCCUCUACUUGUGGAACCCGAUUACCAAGCUUCAACAAAGAUUGUCUGGUUCGGAUCUUGAAACGAGCGAGGAUGAGUUUGUUGUCACAUAUGGAUUUGGUUAUGAUGAAUCUGAGGAUGACUAUAAAGUGGUUGCAUUGUUGCAACAAAGACAACAAGUGAAGAUAGAGGCAAAGAUUUACUCAACGAGACAAAAGCUCUGGAGAAGAAGCAACAACGCUUGUCUCCCAUCUGGAGUUACUGUUGCUGACAAAUCAAGAUCCGGAAUCUACAUCAAAGGGACUCUAAACUGGGCAGCCACUCACUCGUCAUCAUGGACCAUUAUAUCAUAUGACAUGUCACGUGAUGAGUUCAAGGAGCUUCCCGGACCAGUUUCUUGCAGCAAAGGAUGUUUUACAUUGACGCUUGGAGAUUUGAGAGGAUAUCUUUCGAUGGUGUGUUAUUGCAAAGGAGCUAACGCAGAUGUUAUGGUGAUGAAGGAGUUUAGAGAAGAAGCAUCUUGGUCUAAACUCUUGAGCAUUCCUGGAUUGACUGACUUUGUUCGACCGCUAUGGAUCUCAGACGGUUUAGUGGUUUUAUUAGAGUUUAGAUCUGGUUUAGCUCUCUAUGACUGUGCUAAUGGAAGGUUUCAUUACCCAGUUGCACAUAGCUUAAGUGGUUGUCGCGACGCCAAAGUUUAUGUCAAGACAAUGGUUUCUCCAAAUGUUCUUUAACAUUCAAGAUUUGGUUCAGUUUUAUAUGCACAUCAUUAUUAUACCUCUACUUUAAAAAAAUCUUGUCUUGUUUUAAUUCUCUUUGGUUGUAAAUUACAUUGUCAUGUGGGAAACCAAAAAAAAAAAAAAAAAGAAUAUAGUUCCUAACAAGUAUUCAUUGAAAAAUACAUCGAUCCUUAUGCUUUGUAGUC